AUGGCAGACGCCCCCCUCCUGGAUCUCGAGGUGUAUCCUACCGCGAAGGAAUUCGUGUCCAAGUGCCACGAGUUCUUCAGGGAAGUCAAGAACUUAACCCCGGGCAAAGACCUCGAGGCCCGACUCAACAGCGAAUACGGCCCAGGCACGCCCUUCUACGAGGCCUUCGCGCAAUACAUGCGCCGGGGGCUCGAGGAAGGCUGGGUCGCGCGCGACGAACUGGACGGGCCCAAGUACCGGCGCGGCCGCAUCGCACCGCCUACGCCGGAGAGCAGCUUCAUCUCCAUCACCGCGGUGUACAUGGACUCGCAGGAGGUGUAUCGGGGCCAAUACCACCAGCAUCCGUACGGGGAGAUAAACUGCGUCAUUUUGCUGGACGAGACGGCCGAGUUGAGGGGCAUGCAGGGCUGGCAGGGCGCCGGAUGGACCAGUCCAGGACCGGGGACACACCACUAUCCCGAAGUCAGAGGCGGUGCGUUGGUUGCGCUGUUUUUCCUGCCCGCGGGCAGGAUCAGUUACGCGGCGACGCCGGAUAUGCCACAGCCAGCGUCUUUAUAG